AUGGCUGAAGAUGAAGAAGUCCGCAAAAAAGUCGUUUUACUCGAUAACAAGAUUCUAAUGCUUGAGAAUAACGUUAAGAAAAUGAAAUUUACCAUCACAACUGCAGGAGAUAUCGGAAUAUUAAUGAUUAAUAUUGCAGAAAUUAAUCAACAAUUUCUUUACGACCUUUUAAAUUCUAACUCUAAAAUACGGUUUGAUGAUUUGAUUAUACCCAAUGAAUUUCAUCAACCAUGUGAAAGGGAAACUGAGGUUCAGAAGAGAUUUAUGAAUUUUUUUGAACAAUUUCAAAAUAAACCUUGGUUUAUUAAGGAUACAUCGACCAAGGACUACUUUAAAGGUCCAAUUGCUAAGAUUAAUGUUGCAGUUCUCGACGGCAGCCAUUCCUUGUGGUCACACAUUGUUACAUGUUUAGAACUUAAGAUUGACUUAUCGAGAGAUUAUACAUAUCAUGAGGUUCUUGGACAACUUAAUGAGAGAUUUACAGAGAUUUUUGAUCAACAACCAGAUAGGAAAUACGUUAUUGGGGCCGUUUGCGGAGUAUCAAUUGUGGAGAUUAUGAUGCGAAAAAGGAAUGGAGAUAUUAUUCGAUCAGGCAAAUUGUCUCUUAAAGAAGACGUAGGACUUCAUAUGUUAGUGAAUUUGGUAACUGCGUCAAAUCAUGUGUUGGACUAUCAACAUCCUGGUACUUAUAAGGAUAUGGUAAAAACCGUCCAAGGUUUCACAUACCAUUCCAUUCUUCGACGGACGUCCGAUACAUCCAAUCAACGAAUAUCAUUUGUUCUUGCUGGAGAAGUAAAUAGCGAACCAGUCAUUUUAAAGGCCUCAAGUUCUGAUCAUGAGAUUAAAAUGCUUCAAAAGCUUUUUGGUUGUGAGUUUAUACCUAAGAUUGUCGGAAACCUAUACGGAACUUUAACAAAUGGAGAAAAAUUUAUGGUAAUCCGACCUUUUGGUGAACAUCUUGAAGUUGAAAAACAUGGAUUAAAAACGAUUCUUAUGGCUUUUCGAGAUAUUACCAAAGCUAUUAAAUUCGCUUAUGACUUGAAAAUUUUGCACCGUGACAUCUCCUUUGGAAAUAUAAUCUUGUUCCAAAAUAAUGGAUAUCUUAUUGACUGGGGCGUUGCGUCAAAUAUUUCUGAUAUUACAAAUACAACUUUGACUGCAACCUUGCUUUUUUCUUCCAUAAAGGUUACAGAACAGCUGGCACAACAUAACAGCAUAUCAUAUACUAUUGAGGAUGAUCUUGAAGCUCUUUACUUUACGCUUGUAUAUAUAGCUUGUGAUGGCGUAAUAGUUUGGAAAAAAUCGAAUAAUCUUCAAGAUAUUGUAGACUUCAAGCUCAGUUCAAUUGUUAAGCCCGACCAUCAACUUAAAUAUGCACGUCAAGAAUUUCGUACCUUUUUAGAUAUACUUCGUAAAUUUAUCUUUCCAGAAUCAUUUAUAUUGUCUCAAUUUGACUGGCGUAUCAGAAAGUUAGAUAUUGAUAAGGUCAUUAACGUCUUUGAAGACUAUUUGAAAACACUUUAA